CCGGCGGCUCUGUGUCGGUGCGGCUGCUUCUCGGGCGCCGCAGACCUGGAGGAGCUGGAGCUGCAGCGCGGCGGGGUCCCGGCCCCGGCCGGACAACGGCUCCUCCCGGCGGGGCCCUCCGAGCAGCCACUGGGGACGGACGCCGAGGUGGACGUGGUCGGCGGCGGGGACGGUGGUGGGAGAUGCGGGGCCGGUAACGCGCUGCGCUGGUUCACCUCCGUGCUGGUCUACGCUGCCUUCCUGGGGCUGGGUAUGAGCAUUGGUAUGAUAGGACCUACAUUUCAAGACUUGGCUGUGAAUGUGAAUCGCAACAUCAGUGAUAUUUCUUACAUUUUUGUGGGCCGUGCAUGUGGGAGUAUAAGUGGUUCUGUGAUUGGUGGAUUUCUCUUUGACCACAUGAAUCAUAAUUUAAUUUACGGACUAUCAGUGCUGGGGAUAGCUAUUAGUCUCUACCUCAUCCCCUUUUGCAAGCAAGCAGUAUUACUGGUUGUUAUGAUGGCUGUCUCUGGAAUUUUUGGUGGAAUUUUAAGCACAGGUGGCAAUGUCCUUAUCCUGCAUUUAUGGAGAGGUGAAGCAGCCCCACAUCUGCAGGCCUUGCAUUUCACUUUUGCCUUGGGGGCCUUUUUGGCUCCCUUACUGGCCAAGCUGGCCUUCAGCAGUGCUGUGCCCUCUGAAAACCACAUGAUAGGUGACACAUCAAACCACUCUGAGCUCACCCUGCCCCCUGCAGCCGACUUAGCAGUCAUAUUUGGAGUACCUGCUAACAAGAAUUUGCUAUGGACUUAUGUUGUUAUAGGAACUUAUACUUUGGCGAUAUUUUCCUUAUUUGUUGUUUUGUUUUUCCAAAAAAUUCCAAAUCAAGAGAAAACAAAAAAAGCUGCUGAGAAGAUUCGAACUGUGAAAUACCAGAAUGUCCUUCUUGGUCUUCUUUUUGUGUUCUUCUUUUUUUAUGUAGGAGCAGAGGUCACAUAUGGCUCUUACAUUUUCUCUUUUGCAGCACAGUAUGCUGGCAUGAGUGAAAGCCAAGCAGCAGGCUUGAACUCUGUCUUCUGGGGAUCAAUUGCUACUACCAUGACCGUGGCGAUCUGUUUUGCUACAUGUCUGCAGCCUGGGACCAUGAUUGUGUUCAAUAAUGUGGGCUGGUUGAUUUCCUCCCUGCUUCUAGUGAUUUUUGAUGAAAACCACAUUUGUCUUUGGGUGGCAACUGCAUUGUAUGGGGUUUCCAUGGCUACUACAUUUCCCAGUGGCCUUUCCUGGAUUGAACAGUAUAUGACCAUUAAAGGAAAAUCUGCAGCUUUAUUUGUAAUUGGUGCUGCCCUGGGGCAGAUGGUUUUUCCUGUAGUGGUUGGAUCUCUUCAGAGAAAUUAUCCAUAUCUUCCUGGGCUUCUGUAUGUUUCAUUGGGGUCAGCUAUUGUGACGGGAGUUUUGUUUCCUAUCAUGUACAAACUGGCCACUGCACCUCUUAGUAGCAAGAUUCAGGAAAGCAGAAAGAGUGAAGACCAGAAAGCACUGCUGUCCCCCUCUAGGUUCGAUAAUGAGGAUGAAGAUGAUUAUGGAGAAGAGGGUGCUGAAGAAGAAUGGGACAAAGUAUACUUUGAAAUGAAUGAUACGAUGAAGAAUUCGGUAAUACUGACAUCUAGAAAAAUUUUGAGGAAAUCUCCCACAGAAGUUUCUAGCCAGUUAUUGUCAAAUGACAUACCAUUCAGUUCUUCUCUGGUUAUUACUGGCAGCUCACCUAUGAAGCCCCUCCCUUUGGACAGGGAAAAGAAUGACUAAUGGCUUAAAACAGGGAUUGGUUAUUGAUUCCCUGUAACAACCAUUGCCUUUUAGGAGGCAGAACAGAGUAGAUCAUUAACAUAUUUUCAAACAUAUUUCAGGGUUUGGCACUUGUAGCUCUGAUUUCAACAAAUGGAAAAUUCUGAUGUGUCAUGUCAGUUCAGAGUCUUUGACAGCAAAAGGAGGUCAGGUAUGGUAAGGUGUGGCUAGUAAAGUGACUUCACUGUAAAGUGACUCCCUACAUUCAGAAGCUUCAAAGAAGGCAUAAAUAUUUGAGAAGUUUCUUACCAGCAAAAGCCAACUGAAAGUGAUUAAAGAGUAGAAUAAAUUACCAGCAUUCAGGAAACUACUGGUGGAGUUGGUAAAUAACCACUCCAGUAUCUUUGCCAAGAAAAUGCCAAAAUGGGGGGAUGAAGAAUUGAACCAACUGAAAAACAACAAUAGUUCAGAUCCUCAUCAUCUCUCGAUGACCCAAUUGGUCUCUUCCUCAGGUGUCUUCCCCUACUCCAAUCCAUCCUCCACUCAGCUGCCAGAGUGAUUUUCAUGAAGUAUUCAUCUGACUGUAUCACCCCCUUCUAAAGAAACUCCAUUAGUUAACUGUUACAUUCAGGAUCAAAUAUAAAAUCUUCUGUUUGGUA